AUGCCGGCCGCGACGGGGCCCAUGAAGAUGUAUGUUGGUCCUGUGGGGGACGCGACGCAUUGCGAGAAGGACGACCCGGUGUUGCACGCGAAUGUGCCGGGUGUGCAUGGGAAGGGGAGGGCCGUAGAUGUCGGAGAGGUUGAGGAUGAAGAUGAAGGUGGAGAGGUGGAGGGCCUGGUGGGGGUUGAGGUUGCUGAGGGCGAGGAUGGGCUUGAGCUCGAAGGUACGGUGGCUAUGCUUGUUAGGAGCGUGGUGGUUGAUGACGUUGGACCGGCAGGGACAGUGGUGGAGAGGGUUGUAAACAUUGGGGAUGUUGACGAUGCAGAAGUGGUCGUGUUGGUCGUCGGGAUUGCAGAUAUGGUCGUGAUGAAGGUCGUGAAACUCGUCGGCACUGUAGUAGGCAUUAUCAUCGUCGUAGCCGUCGUGGAGCUGAUGAGAGAGGAAGGGGAGGCACUAUUUGAAGCACCGGUGCUCGUGGAAUCACUGCUCAGGAAACUAGUCCCUGUCGUAGCUGGCAAAGGCAAGACAGUGACAGUCAUGUUUAGAACGGGAAAGGAAGUUGCGAGGGUUGCGCUGGUGCUCAUACUCAUGCUCCUGCUUGCGCUCGUGUUCGUGAGGAUAGUGCUGAGAGUACUCGGGGAGCUCAUUGGGCCGGAACCGGUGAUAGUUGUUGAGCUCAGCAUAGAUGAAGGGGAGGGGGUCGUCGGCCAGAUUGUCGUUGACACAGCAGCAUUACUGGUCGUGGAGCUGGAACGAGUAGUUGAUAAGUACACGCUUGUCAUGACUGUGCUUGUCGUGGACGGUAGCGCGUCCUGA